AUGUUAUCUCAAUUGCAAAAUUCUGAAAAUGACGAUUCACAACAUCGUGUCGCUCGUUCAGUAUCAGAAACAAACGAUAACAAUGUAGAAAAUCUUUGUUCUCUAUAUUGUGCAAAUAGUCAUCCAUUUGCUAAACGAGCGUAUCUGAAAGGAUUUGUUCAUGGUCGAUCAUUAAAUAGUGAUGAUAUGGAACGAUUAAGUGAACGAUUUGUGCAUGGUAGAAGUAUCUAUUCAGAUGAUGAUCAGUUGGAAAAACGUUUUGUUCAUGGUUGA